AUGGCUUCAGUGGGAACGGUGGACGCCGUCAUCGACAAAAUGCUCCAGACGGGAGACGGCGUCAUGCAAAAUGUCGACGACUGGCUGGAUAGUGUGAAAUGGAUCGUUCAACAAUCUGCGGAUAUGGGGGAUCGCGAGCAGGUGCGUGGGAGCGUGUGGGUGCUCGCUCGAUGUGUGAGUGCCACACGUCGAUAUGCUACGCUUGGGCAGUUGGGUACCUGUUCAGGUAGGUUGCUGAGUCUUAAUAUCAUAUCAGUGCAUACAGCCCCUGCCAUGGUUGUCACUGAAGCCCAGAACGUGUAG